AAUAAGAAACCUAUCCAUAUGUUUGAAAGUGUUGACGGAACAAAAAAACACACGUGUUUCUGCCGAAACCAAGAAACAGCGGUUUUAUACUAUACUAUACUCGGAUAACACGGCUUUCUCUUGCAAACACAAACUCCUCAACAACGUCACUACCAUUUCUCUCAAGUAAGUCAAAUCCUUUUUAUAAUCACUUGUUAAAGAAGCUAUUAUUACCAUGAAAACAACGGAUUUGGUUAUACCUAGUGAGCAAUUUCACUCACUUCACCACUCUCACAAAGAGGCUUCUAGAUUAACAUUCUUCCAAAGAAAACCUCUGAAAUAUACAGUUUCCCACAAAUACGUUAGAACUGUUUUCGCGGUUUCGAAAUUCCAAACUUCUGGUUUGAAUGGUAAACCACAACAUUUUGAUAAAAACCCUAAUGGGAAUAAUUCAAAUAGUUCAAGAAAUGUAGAAGAAAUAGAGUUAGAUAACACUAGUCAUCUCCGUAAAUUGGUUAGAAUCGGUGAAUUAGAACAAGGAUUAAGGUUUCUAGAGAGUGUUAGUUACAAGGGAGAUAUUCCGGAUGUCAUUGCGUCCACGGGCCUUAUUCGCCAGUUUUGCAAGGCUGGCAAAACUAGGAAGGCUAUGCGGGUUAUUAAAAUUCUGGAAGAUUCUGGCGCUGUUCCUAAUAUUUUAGCCUACAAUAUUUUGAUUAGGGGUUUAUGUAAAUCGGGGGAUAUAGUGACAGCUUUGGAGUUUCUAGAACGGAUGAGUGUUUCGCCUGAUGUAAUUACUUAUAAUACGAUUUUGCGUAGUUUGUGUGAUAGUGGGAAAUUCAAGCAAGCUAUGGAAGUUUAUGAUAGGCAAGUGAAAAGAGAGUGUUAUCCGGAUGUGUUUACGUAUACUAUAUUGAUAGAAGCGACUUGUAAAGAGAGUGGAGUUCGUGAAGCGAUCAAGUUAUUGGAUGAGAUGAGGGUUAAAGGGUGUAAACCAGAUGUGUGUACGUAUACUAUAUUGAUAGAAGCGACUUGUAAAGAGAGUGGAGUUCGUGAAGCGAUCAAGUUAUUGGAUGAGAUGAAGGUUAAAGGAUGUAAACCAAAUGUGUUUACUCUUAAUGUUCUUAUCAAUGGUAUUUGCAAGGAAGAUAGGGUGGAUGAAGCGAUUGAGUUGUUGAAUAACAUGUCGUCUUAUGGUUGUAAACCGAAUGUGAUUACUCAUAAUAUUAUUUUGCGUAGCUUGUGUGGUACUGAAAGAUGGAAGGAUGCGGAGAGUUUAUUGGCUGACAUGCUUCGUAAGGGUUGUUCUCCGAGUGUUGUUACUUUCAAUAUCUUGAUUAACUUUUUGUAUCGGAAAGGUUUGCUCGGUAGGGCUAUGGAUAUCUUGGAGAAGAUGCCAAAUUAUGGUUGUACUCCGGAUUCCUUGAGUUACAAUCCAUUGAUUCAUGGGUUUUGUUUAGAAAAAAAGAUCGACAGAGCAAUUGAGUAUUUGGAAGUAAUGGUGUCGAAGGGUUGUUACCCGGAUAUUGUGACCUAUAAUACUUUGCUUACUGCUUUAUGCAAAGACGGGAAGGUGGAUGUUGCUGUUGAUUUGUUGAAUCAAUUGAGUAGCAAAGGGUGCUCUCCCGUUGCAAUUACGUAUAAUACAGUUAUUGACGGGCUUUUGAAGAUUGGAGCAACAGAGCGUGCUGUGAAACUCUUGGAUGAGAUGUGUCGGAAAGGUCUUAAACCCGAUGCAAUUACUUACUCUUCGCUGAUUGGGGGAUUUAUCCGUAAGGGAAAGGUUGAAGGUGCUAUCAAAAUUUACGAUUACUUGGAAAGAUUAGGUAUUAGGGCCAAUGUUUACACUUACAACUCAAUCAUGUUCGGAUUUUGUAAGGCACGUCAAACUAGCCGUGCUAUUGAUCUUCUGGCUCAUAUGGUAGCAAAAGGAUGCAAACCUACUGAAAGUACCUAUACAAUUCUUAUUGAAGGCAUUGCUUAUGAAGGAUUAGCGGAGGAGGCUUUGGGGUUAUUGGAUGAGUUGUGUGCCAGAGGAUUUAUGAAGAAAAGUUCUGCAGUACAGGGAACUGGACUGGAAUUAAAAGAAAAGAUGGAGCAGAGUGAGUUAUAUCUUGAACAACGAGGCUUGUGACUUGGAUAUGGAAGCUUCCUUCAUAGUUAUUAGUUUCAUGAAGUUGGAACUUCUCCGAGUUUCUCCAACCGGCUGGAACCAAGCAUUGCAUCUGCUUCCCAAAGUCAAAUGGAAGGAAAUAAUGGAGACUAUAUAUGGUAUUGUCAUCGCUGCCCCUUUGUGUACGUUUUGAUUUGAUUCUAUUUACAAAAUGGGCAGUGCCAGCCAUUUUAAUACUUUUUUGGAUAUGAAAUCGAGUAACCACACUCAAUCAAUAUGAUUUUCUUUCUUUUGAUCUCAAUCUUCAACUGAAUUUUUUGAUAAUAUAUAUAUAAGGGUCUGUCCUAUUUAUUCUCUUCAAGGAAA